CACCAAAUGCCCCUAAGGUUUACUUUAAUGCACCAAAUACCCCUAAACUUUCCAAAAUGCACCAAACACCCCUGACGUAUGCAAUAAUAUCAUUAAAUGCCCUUUUGUCUGACGGACGUUAACCCUCCGUUACCAUGUUUUUACCUUGUUGCCCUUACUUGUCCUUUCUGGCGCCAUAUCAAAAAAGAAAAAAAAAAAAAAAAACAAAUUCAAAACCUAACUUCCCAACUUCUUCCUCGACAUUUCUCUCUGUUCUCUUACACCAUUAGAGAGCACUUGAGUACCAAACCAAAGAGAGAGAAAGAUCGAAAUUUGCUGGGAUUUGUGUAAAACAACUCGCAAUAGUUAGUCGAAGUAAAUCCCCACGAAAAGAUCGACAAUUUGGUCCAAAAAUCUGCAGUUUUCGCGAGUCCUACAAAAGUGGGUGCAAGGAGAGCAAAGGACUGGAAUUUGUGGCUUCAACUUCAUCAAAAUUGUGUCAAGGAUGGUCGCAAUUUGGUUGUUAUGUCAUUAUAAUGAUCGGAAUUUUGAUGUGAGGGUACAAGAUACUGAUGAAACGAACUACAUGGAUUUGGUUGAUGACUUGUUUGAUGAUUCUAUUAAGCAAGAUGUUCUGAUUCCCGAUUUAUUUAGAUUGUUUUAUGUUAAUCCUAGUACGAAUAAAAGAGUAGAAUUGUUGAAUGAUGUUGGUUUGAUGGGCAUGUGGGGUUUAUUUAAGCGCACAGAUACUGUGGAAAUAUGGAUAGAGAAGGCAAAUGAGAAGGAAACUUCAAUCCAAUUUAGGACUGCAGUUAAGAAAAGGAAGGAUAGGAAGGAAAGGAAGGCUGCAGAACUUAGAAGGAAAGCUGAGGAGUUUGAGAGGGAGAGGGAAGAGGAAAGGAGAAGGUUAGAAAGGGAGGCUGAGAUUCAAAGGGAUUUGGAGGAGCAAUUGGCAAACACAGUGGCAGUUGAGGUGCCUGUGUAUGAUGUUGAGGAUUUAAGCGUAGAGUACGUACGUGUUUACAGCUCACAACAUGCUGACUGCUUUUCCCCGGGAGGUUCCCAACCACCAAAUACACAAAAAGAGCCUUCACCACCACCAAGAGAGCCCUCACCACCACCAAAUAAUCCAUCACCACCACCAAGAAGUCCCUCACCACCACCAAAUAAUCCAUCACCACCACCAAGAAGUCCCUCACCACCACCAAAUAAUCCAUCACCACCACCAAGAAGUCCAUCACCACCACCAAGAAGUCCCUCACCACCACCAACCUCACCACAAACACAACCACAGCAACAACAACAACAGACAGAACAUCAGCAACAACAACAAACAGAACAUCAACAACAACAACAAACAGAACAACAACAACACCAACCCACAGAACAGCAGCAACAACAUCAAACAGAACACCAGCCAGAUCAGACACCCCCUCCUAACAGGGCUGAGUUAAACAAAGGGAGGGGUUUCAGAAUUUCCAGAAGUCAUGCUAAGAAGACGGGUGAGUUUGUUCCUAAGAAGAGGGGGGGAAGGCCUGCUGGUUCAAGGGUGAGGAAACCCACUGCAUACAAUGUGGAGGAAGAGGAGCAAUGGGAUGAUGAGAGUGAUGAUGAAAAUUUUGAGGAGAGUGAGAGUGAUAGUGAAACUGGUUUCAACGCCGACGAUUUCAUUGACGAAGAAAUUGAAGAAGAUGAAGAACAAGAUGUUCUUAAGGAGGUAAUUUCUGAGAGAAGUUUUGAGGAUCAUUUAGAUGGGAGUAAUAAGCUGGAUAAUUUGUAUGCAAAUGGGAAAGUUGUGGGAAGCAUGCCAUGGGGGACUAUCAAGUUGCAACCAUGGAUGAUAUUCCAAAGCAAGACACACUUCAUGGAGGUCUUCAGAGACUUCUGUAUUCAAGAGGGAUUUGCUGUGAGUGUUGAAAAGGCUGAUACAACCAGAUUCACUGCAAUGUGUCUGGUUGAGUCAUGCAAUUGGAGGAUCCAUGCCUGUGUGUUGUUGGAUGGGGUCAGUUGGGCCAUUAAAACUCUUGUCAGUGAGCACAAGUCUUGUGGGAGACUUGAGGAGAAUCCCAUGGUGACAUCUCAGUGGCUAUGCACCAAACUACUUCCUGACAUUGAAGCAAAUCCAGAAAUCCCAAUUAAGACACUUCAAAGAAAGGCAUUGGGGAUUUAUAGGGUACAAGUGAAACAGAGGUUGAUGUACAAGGUGAGAAGCCUCGGGAGGCAGCAAAUUUAUGGAGGUUUUGAUGAGUCAUAUGCCCUUUUACCAUCCUAUGCUGAAAUGAUCAAAUCUACCAAUCCUGGGAGUUAUGCCUUGGUCACUUGGACUGCAGAUUCUGGUAACGUGACACCCCGUUUCAAGGCUUGCUUUUUCUCCUUUGCUGCACAAGUUAGGGGUUUCUUAAGAGGUUGUAGGCCUAUCAUAGGCAUUGAUGGUGCACAUUUGAGUGGAUACUAUAAGGGAAUUCUCCUCACUGCAGUUGCUAUCGAUGGGAAUAAUGAGAUUUUUCCAUUAGCCUAUAGCAUUGUGAGUACGGAGAGUAUGGACACAUGGUCCUAUUUUUUCAGAAGUUUGAAGGCUUUGUUUGUUCAACAUGGGUGCCAGAGGGAUGACUGGACUUUUAUUAGUGACAGAAUGAGGGUAAUUACUCCUCCCUUUCUUGGUUUUUAUUAUUUGUAGUAUUGUUUAUAUUUUUUUCAGUUUUCUGGUUCACUUCCCUAGUUAUUGAAACUUGGAAUUGUGUUAUGCAGGGAGUAGAAUCUGCUUUGUAUGAUG